AUACCCUUUUCCACACUUUACAUUCUCGAAUUAAACAAAUCGCUUCCAUUUCCACCACCGCCACCAGGGUCCCCAGCAUAUCUUAUUGUUGCCCUAGGUGCCUUGUUAUUGUGAAUUGGCUGGUGCGCGAUUUGUUGUUUUGUUGCCCCCAGAGUCACCGCUCCGCAGAAAUCAGGUGACGCCUGAUCCCAUCCGGCUCUCCCAAGCACGCAACAACUUACCUCGCACUCUGCAAACUCUCUACAAAGAUUUUUUUGGGUCGCUCCUCAAGUUUCCUCCUUUGACGCGCUUUAUUGUGGCAUUGCCAUUCGGGUGAAAGAAGCAUCAUCCCCUAGCUGGGCUGCCGCUAGAAAUGGCGGACACCAUGGAACCGCUAGUUCCAUCGACCCCUUCGCCGGGGCCGACCUCGAGAAUCCGAACACCACCAGCGCCCCAACACGGCUUCUCUGAUUCUUAUGAGCCUUACUCUCCCCGCAAAUCGAAGCGCAUUGCGCAGCGGGCCGCAAACAGAACGCCAUCCCCCCCGCCUUCGCGACUCUGUUCCUCGCGUCAAAACAACGAAAGCUCACUGGCUUCGCCCAAGUCGACAAAAAAACCAUUCAUUCCCAACAUGGCGACACCUGCUCUGUCGCCGCAGAAGAAGCGCAUGCCUCCCAUCGACCCGUCCCGCAGGGCGUCGGGCACUCUCACCGCCGAGGGAACCGCGCACGCGGCGGUCGCGCUAGGAUUGUCGCCUGCGCCCAAGUCAGAGUCGCUUUCCGCUCGCAGGGGCGCCACGGCCGGUGCUGGAAUGCUCAUAACGCCCGCCAAAACGCCUCAGAAACCGCCUAACGACAAGGUCAAGGCCAAAGUCAAGUCGGUCGCGCGCAACCUCUUCCACACCGACGAAGAGGACAUCAUGGCGAGCCCGAGGAAGGCGCGCACGGAAACACACAACAACCCCGACAGCUUCUACAGCGGCGAACUCGCCGAGACCUCUUUCGAGAUCUUCACCGAUUCCCACGAGCGCAUUCCCGAGGUCGACGACAGCGCCGACAACCCGUUCUACGUCAGCCCACAGAAACCCCCUGCGCCUCCCGAACCGCCGAGGCGCCGAAGCAAGCGGAACACCGUGACCAUCCCUGGGGAGGGCAAGGUAUCGAUUGACGAGGCCGUCCGCCGCGAAGACGGCAUGCUGAUUGUCUUCCGUGGCAAGAAGCAAUUCCGCAAGUUCACCGACAUGGACGAGCGCAGCACCCGCGAGGGCCUGGACGAGGGCGACGGUGGCCUGGAGAGCGCCGUGGAAUCCCCCACCAAGCGGCACUUUACCCGGUCUUCGAUCAAGCCCCGUCUGCUGUUCCCCACGGACAAGUCGGACGAGCCGGCCAAGGUAGCCAACGAGGACGAGGAGGCAGCCACCGAUAUCGAGGAGCACGUGUUGGCCGGCCUCGAGGCGGACAAGCCGGAGACUCCGGGAGACAUGAUCGAUGAGGCGCCCGCCACCCCUGCGGCGCCUCGAUACGCGCCCGCGUCACCCCCGACAACGGCGCGCACCACGCGGUCUGGGACUAAGAAGGCCGCCGAGCUGACGCCCAAGCCGCCGAAGCCGCCUGCUAAGCGCAGCCCCUUCGAUAGCUGGCGCCGGGUGAAGGGCGGCUCCCAGACUACCGGCCAUAAGCGCUCAGGUGACGACCUCUCCACGACCGCACCCAAGCGUACCAGGGCCUGAGCUGCUUAUGCGCGUGCGUUUGGAUGUGUAUUUGUACUUGGCCAAUUGCAUCAUGGAAUAAGGCGUGGCCCGCCUUGACUUUCACGGGAUCAGUCUUGAUAUCUUCGGCACAGUUGUUGGGUUGACAUUGAAAUCCUGCGGUGAACGGGUUUGUCGCUGGGUAAAGGGGAUCACGGCUGCUGCUCAUCUAGGAACCUUCUUUUUCUUGUUCUGUUUUUCUUUCUUCUACUCUCUCGGUUAUCACUCUCCGCGGCCAUUUUUCAGGGCUAGUAUCAGCAGCCCCAAGGAAGGGCGAGCUUGGACAAGGAAAGGGGGAUCUUGUGUUCAACGACGACUGGGGUAGAUCACGACUUUGUCUGUUCAGAGUUUGGGAGAAUGGGUAUGGUAGGUAGGUACGGGAAGGGUUAGAGCGAUCAGAUCGUCAUCGAUAAACAUAAACAGUAUUUAGCCAUCUCGCGGUGCCGCAGCUUAUACGCAAGCUGUGUGGGGCAUCAAAAACCUAAUACAGAAACAGUGAGGUCAUGAUAGGGUUUAUCUCUAUCUCUCUCUCU